AUGUUCGGGCGAGGACCCUCGAAGAAGAGCGACAACACCAAGUUCUACGAGAUCUUAGGUGUUCCGAAGACCGCAUCUCCUGAAGAUCUCAAAAAGGCUUACAAAAAAGCCGCCAUCAAAAACCAUCCCGAUAAGGGUGGAGAUCCUGAGAAGUUCAAAGAGCUAGCUCAAGCUUAUGAAGUUCUUAGUGACCCAGAGAAACGAGAGAUUUAUGAUCAGUAUGGAGAAGACGCACUCAAGGAAGGAAUGGGUGGUGGAGGAGGUGGGCAUGAUCCAUUUGAUAUCUUCUCAUCCUUCUUUGGUGGAAGCCCGUUUGGAACUGGUGGUAGCAGCCGGGGAAGGAGACAGAGGCGUGGUGAAGAUGUUGUUCAUCCCCUGAAGGUUUCCCUGGAGGACGUGUACCUUGGAACAACGAAGAAGCUCUCGCUUUCUAGGAAUGCUCUCUGCUCAAAGUGUAACGGGUUCGUACUUUUCUAUUUUGCUUUCUGUCCUGACACCGUCACUGGAGAUAUAGUGUUUGUCCUUCAGCAGAAGGAGCAUCCAAAGUUCAAGAGAAAGGGAGAAGAUCUCUUUGUAGAGCACACGAUUUCUCUAGCCGAAGCUCUAUGCGGAUUCCAGUUCGUUCUGACGCACUUGGAUGGUAGAAACCUUCUCAUCAAAUCUAACCCCGGGGAGGUUGUGAAACCUGAUUCAUACAAGGCGAUAAGCGAUGAAGGGAUGCCGAUAUACCAGAGGCCAUUCAUGAAGGGUAAGCUCUACAUCCACUUCACGGUGGAGUUCCCCGAGUCGCUGAGUCCUGACCAGACCAAAGCACUCGAAGCUGUUCUGCCUAAGCCUUCAACAACUCAGCUCAGCGACAUGGAGAUAGAUGAGUGCGAGGAGACUACGCUGCACGAUGUUAACAUUGAGGAUGAGAUGAGAAGGAAAGCACAAGCUCAAAGAGAGGCUUACGAUGAUGAUGACGAUGAUGAUGACCAUCCCGGAGGAGCGCAAAGGGUGCAAUGUGCCCAGCAGUAA